UUUGAGAGGCAAUAUCAUAAAGGUACCUGUCAUUGCAUAACGUGGUUAAAAUUAUUUGGAUAGCCUAGGUUGAAAUACGACUACGGAAGAGAGAUAAUAUAUGAUAAAUGUGCAAAAAACUACUGAAGUUUUUUGCUAGACAGCCUAGCUUUGCGUAACACAACAUAUAUAUUGAAUAUUUGAACUAUUUGACCUUCGUCCAGGAGUUAUUCGGACAUAUUUUUACUUUAGGCCCAUUAUUGAAAAAUGGGUAGUAGCACAUCGGUGCAAGCUACGGCAGCAGGGAAUAAACCUCAGUUAGAAGAAGCGUCAGUUGAAAAGAGAAAUGCAACCGAUUUUCCUCCUUCAGGGUGUCCAAUGCACCAAAAACACGAAGAAGCAGAAAACACGAGAGUAUCUGCAGAAAAUACUUGUCCAAUAGACCAUAAUAAAAGAGCAGAGAAUGAUAAUGCACACCGCUCCUUUUCAAUAAGCGACUGUCCAGUCCAUGCUGGAAAGACAGAAGGAAAAGAUGGCAAAGAAAAUGGGGAUAUAAACCUUGCAAAUAUGAUGCCACCACCUAACCAGCAACCUUCUCCUGGCCAACCUUUUCUACUUCCAACUAAUCGCCAGAAAUCAACAAUACCAAGAGGUGGAACAGACAACACUUGGGAGUAUCCAUCACAACAGAUGUUUUGGAAUGCUAUGUUGAGGAAAGGCUGGAGAUGGGAGCAAGAUGAUUUGAAGCCAGAUGAUAUGGCACAUAUAAUAAGAAUUCAUAAUGCAAAUAAUGAACUAGCCUGGCAAGAAAUACUGAAGUGGGAAGCUUUCCAUUCCCAUGAAUGUGAUCAACCAAAGCUGCUGAAAUUUGGAGGCAAGGCAAAAGAGUUCUCUCCUCGAGCCAGGAUAAGAAGUUGGCUAGGGUAUGAUCUUCCAUUUGAUCGACAUGACUGGAUUAUUGACCGUUGUGGCAAGCAAGUUCGCUAUAUCAUCGAUUACUAUGAUGUUGGUGACAACGAAGGGUAUCAGAAAGGCGAAUUUGUGCACAUGGACGUGCGCCCUGCCUUUGAUUCAUUCGGAGCUGUGCUUGAUCGAUCAAGGGUUGCUAUGUUACGCUGGGCAGCUAUGCUCAGUACUUUAGGUAGCUCAAAAGACAACAAAGAGACAAUCGAUUCAAGUGAAGGGAAGACACCCACUUCGUGAAUUUUGUCUGUUUUCCAAUAAAAUGUUCAAUUCUUGCUUGCUUUAUGUUUGCUGAUUCACUUUUACGCAGACGAGUUCUUCAUAUGUCGAACUGAAGCAUCAUAUUUCACAGAGUGCUUGAUCUAGCAAAGUAUAUCCCAUUUUAGCCUGAUUGCUUGUCACAUGUUGAAUUGUAUGAUAGAAAACGUUCCUGGUUUUCUGACAUUCAUUAUAAACCUACGUAUGAUUUUUAUGUGUAGUAACUAGUGUUUAAAGGAUAUUUUCAGUUAGAUUGUUAUGCAUGCCGCACGGAAGAUUCUUCGAUUCUAUCCAUUGAGUCAGUUUAAAGUGUACCCCUUCUACAUCCUACCGUGAACAGAUCAAACCACUGUUAGAAUAAGUAACAAAAAUUGUUCAAAUUGAUUGAUCUGAAUGAAAUAUAACUCCCCUUUACACCGUAAUAUUUCCAGACCUCCUCAUUUACAAUUAAGUUUCUUGUAGAAAGUUAUUCGUUCUAUCAUGUGAACUUCUGUGUGACAAUUUUCGUACUUGAAAUACAAUUUUAAAGUUGACAGUUAGCUAUUUAAAUUCGUGUGAAUACAGAUUCAAUUUUGAUGAAGCUUUGAUCAUAAU